UGUUAACUUUCUAGUAUCAUUUUUAUGAUCAUUUAUGACUUCACACCCACCGUGGCGCUGUCACAUCCCCUUAUUCUAAGCGUCGCUAGUGGACAAAGAGACCCCUUCCUUCCAACUGGUGCCCAAGCAGCCAAGACCCGAUCCCUUGUGUCUGGCCUGCGUUGCGCCGCACCGCACAUCGCUUGGCCCCCCCUAAUGACCACCUGAAAGAGCUCCAGGAACCAGGGGGCCUGCAUACGAAUUUCUGCACUCUUCGACGACAUCGUGCUUCACCCUUUCGACUAGACUUGUUUCAACUCUAAACACUUCAACAAGCAACUACACAAGCAACUACACACAGUUCUUGUCGAAACGUUUCUUUUUCACUUUUCACUUUCUCACAGCUCUGUCUCUCUUCUCUUCUCGCACGCAUCUUGUCACAUCUCCUCACGUCUUCUCACAUCCAAACCAAUCCAAUCCCAUGAAUCUGUCACUUCUAUACUUAAAACCAGACUCAACUCUAGGUUGUUAAGUUCCGCUUUCCCAUCUUGUUUCAUCUUCCGAAUUGAGUCUUCCAAAAUCAACUUCCUAUUGCCUAACGAUGAUCUCGAUUCCUCUAGUCGCUUCACCGUCUCAAUCCUAACAGACAGACAUAUUGGGAAACAUACCUUGUCGUACCCGAUACUGCGAUUUUACCCGAUCGAUAUCACACUACCCAAUUCUAGGCAUACUCUGAGCUUCCAACAUUUAAGUCUGCUCUGCUAUGGAUGUUGCUUUAGGCGGCAUGGCUGCCACUGUCUUGCAUCCACAAUCGAGCUCACGAAGUUUACCCACGAGCAUACCACCAGGAAUGAGACGAGGUCCUCCUACGACCGCAUUGCCUCCCCCUCCCCCAAUCCCAGACCAAUCCAACACGUCUGCCAGCAGUAGCUCCAGCUCGAUGUUAUCCACGAAGGGCCCCCUCUCCGCCGGCCAGGUCAUUGCCCUCGCCAGAGAAGCAAUGAAUAGUGCCUUGCAAGAAAAUGAGACGCAGGCUGCCGAGGCGAGCGGUGUCAGUACCGAACUUAAACCAGGUGUUACUAUCGAUCUGAGCAGAAGAAAUAUUCAGGCAUUGCCAGAUGAAGUAGUGGAUAUAAUAAAAAACGAAUUGGAACGUUUGGCCCUCUCUCAUAACAAGUUAUCGACUCUACCAGCCAGAUUUUCAGAAUGUACACAUUUGCGAUAUCUUAACCUCAGGGCUAACCAGAUUAGGGAAUUUCCUCUAUCGCUUUGCGAUAUCAAGUCACUCGAGAUUUUGGAUAUGGGAAAGAACAAAAUUCGGAUUCUGCCACCCGAACUUUCAAAGUUGGCCUCGCUUAAGGUGCUGGCCAUACAAAUGAAUCGGAUAGAGGAGCUUCCGCUGUGUUUAGCUGACAUGGUCUCAUUGCAAAUGCUGAGACUAGCUGGAAACGAUAUCAAGUUUCCGCCAAAGGAGGUACUACAGGUCCAGGCUAGCAGCCCUCCGAGCGAGGGUUUCCUAGAGAAGAGCGAAAUUACGGAACUCGCCGUCACAGCACAUAUCAAGAAGUUUCUGAAGCAAAAGGCGCAGAGCAUGAAUGCAAGAGAUAAAGAGGGUGAGAACGGAGGAGACGAACUCAGUGACGGAAUAGAAACACCUCGAAUGCCCAUUAGGAGAGUAGUCAGCGGCCGAUUCCCCAUUCGGGUGAAUGGUAGUGAUGUGUCAGAUAUGAGAUCCCCAGCCGUACUUCGACCGCCACCUAUACCUUCUCGAUCACAUGCUCGAGGCCUCUCCCAGCAGAAUACGGCUAUCCGCAGGCCUGGUGUUAUGCCUUUGACCAUCGGCAAUCCCAACGAGAGGCUCAGGUCGAACAGCGAGACAUUGUUACAAACACCGAGAGCAGAGAGGCCGUCAGACCGAAAUAGGCGCAUGGGCAUCGUAUCUAAAAAACCGACCGAGCUCGGGACGCUGGAGGAAGGCCAGGCGAAUAACAGAUUCAGCCACUACCGAGGGCUAAGUCAUGGUUCAUCAAUGACAGGUCACUUGAAUCCCAACGGCACCUCUGCAAUUAACCCAAAUAGCCCAGCAGAACCGCUGCUUCACCGACCAAACUAUGUGAGACGCCUAUCCGUCUUACCGGAGCAAAGACGAGAAUCAAAGAUUUUUGAUCCUAUCAUCGAAUCUGCGAAAGGCAUUCUCUAUGCCAUCUUUCAGAUUCACCCAACGAUACAACUUUUUACCAGGCUCACGAAUGAUGGGACAACCAAGAGGUCAAGCCUCGAGAUUGUCUUCUAUAACACUAAUUUCCACAUUGAGCAGUUGGAACAAGAGAUCCAGAAACACGAAUUUGCCACAGAAAAUGGCCCUAGUACACCGCGUGAAAACGAGAAUGUCCAGAGGGCCGUUUUAACACUAAUUAAUGCGUACAGCCAUAUUUGUUCGCUCCUCUUGAACAAUAUGAACACUAUUGUCGAUAACGGAGACCCCCGCUAUAUCCGCACGAUGAUGAUGUUACUAUAUCACAGCAUUAUGGAGCUUCGUAUUACCGCUAACGAGAUCUCGGCCGCCACAAAUCCGCCGGUGACGAGUCAGGGAUAUCAACAAGCAAGAAUCGAAGAUACGAUCAGGGUUCAUCCUCAAGACAAUUCUAUGACACCCACAAUCGACCGACCCAACAUAAGUAACCAACCACGGCCUAGAGCUUUGGGCCAUAAUCAUGCCAAUCUGCGGGUGGCAACAGACGUAUCAAUCCCCUACAUAAACGGCACGGGUCGGAUGGCACAAAUUACAUCGGCCACGCCGCGAUCCGGUGAUUCAUUCGCAUCUUCAAAUGGGGAUAUGCGAUACCCCGACUUUACCGCAGACGAGCGAUUGUUUGAGAGGAUCUUUUUGUCGUUACAAAAGUCGUCAGAUCUUGCCAUGCGCAUUCUCCCUGGCAUCAACCAGCAGUUUCUCGCAUAUAGGCGCAAUGCCGAAAACCAACGAGCUCCGGAACGCAUAGUGCGCUGCUGGAAGGGUCUCGUCGCUAAAUGUUCGAUUUCAAUUGCAGAUACCGAGCGGUUGAAGGACCGUUUAUCUCUUAUCAAACUAAAAGAGCCUGGUGUCAGGACAGACCCCCUCUUCUGGAGCCUCUACAAAAGUUUUAUUGAUUCUUGGGCCGAAUUUGGGAGCAGACUAAAGGCGUCCAUGGAUCAAAUAACGUUUCCGUUAGAUAUUAGGACGAGACUACGGCCUAUUCAAAUCAGCAUUAAAGAGACCAAUCAACUUAUCAUGAGUUCCCCGUGGGCAUAUCUCCUCCGGCAUAGUAAUAACAUCAACGAUGGGCCUACCCACUAUUCACCCAAUCACUAUUCAUCUAGCUCCGGAGUGGGCCAAAUACAGAUGCCCAUGACACCUCAGAGCGCUGCUCUUGGACCGGCCGUACAAGCAACUGUACCAUCAACCCCCCAAAGUGCAUCUCUCUCCAACGUGUUUAACGGGAAUGUUUUCGAACGUGCCGAUGCGUUAUUAUCAUCCAUGGGAGCAUUAGCAAUGUCUCGUUCUGCGACAAUGAAUAGUACUUCUACGUCUCUCAACUCGUCAUUCUCUUCCACUACGUCCUCACAGGAGGACCGCCAAGGCUUAUCAAAUAUGUUGAGCCCCCCCAACGGGGGCGGUCCUCUAACUUCUUAUCGGCUUAACGGUGGAAACAAGCCCGCAUUCUAGUCACGGCGAGCCGUUUCAUACCGAUAAUAUACUCGCUAUGCUGCCGUACAGUAUACGAGCAGCUGUAGAGCGCGAGCCCCUAUUUGGGUUACUUAGUAACCCCGCGCAUGAACAUAUAGUGGGAUACACAUGCUGAAUCCCCCACGAGAAUGAGGUAUUGGUUUAAAUCUGUUGUAUAAAGGCACGGUAUCAAAGACACAAAGAGCAAGGAGUAAUACACGGUACUUGGCGUUAGGGAGGACCAGGGACACUGGCCGGUGGUUAUGAAUGAUCUUUUAUCCCGGAAAAGCUCGGCUGAUUCGAGCAACCGGCGUUACCCAAUAAUGUGACGAUGUGUCCAAUUAUAAUGUCUGAAUACCAAUCUAAAAUCCGGUUACAUGUGCCACGCUUAUUUGUCUCUUGUGUGUGAUCUCUCUAGUGCUUGUUAUGAUUGUUGAGGUUAUUGAAAAGUCACGAAAACUGAGUUGGCCUAGCUGCAAGUGUAAUCCGUACUGUUCGGCAGCUCCCAUAGCUGGGAACAAUAGCUAGUGCUUUGAAUAAUU